UCGUUGUUGCUAUGACAUACGACACCGUCAGCCAGUCCAUGGAACGUACCAAUGGGAAAGCGAUGGAACAACGAGAUACUGGGACGGUGGCGACGGUGAACGAACAUCAGAUCGGCCAUAACACAGUGGAAAAUGCCCACAACAGCACUACUAGCGGUGGUAACAACACAGCGGCACUGCUUAGCAGUUUUCCUGUGGAUAAGCUUGCCUCCCUGAAUGCAAAAAUUUCAAAUUCAAGAUGGGUGGUCCCGGUGCUGCCUUCACAGGAGUUGGACUGCUUGCUGGACGCGGCGAUCCAGCUUUCCACCCUUGGUAUCGAUGGCGAUUGCGAAUCGUGCGUGCGUUUUUAUCAGAACGAGUUGGCCACUUCGUUUAUCAACAUCCUGACUGAUGAGGCAGUUAUGUCGUGGAAGAAUAACAUUCACGUGUGCAUUUUUAAGUCGUGCUGCAAAUUUUUGCUCCUAGCCUCUCUGCAUAUGGAGCGCGAUAAUCAGUCGUUGCUGGAACUGUUGGCCAUCGUGUUCGAUCCGGAGAACAAGUUCCACAUGCACAACAUUGCACGGCAGCCGGAAAAUAUAAAUACGCCACCCCCACCGCCACCACCACCGGCGCCACCAGCUACGUCGCUAGCCAAUCCAGCCACAUCGUCUUCUUCGUCCUCGUCGUCGUCAUCAUCCUCGUCGCUUCCCGAUAGCACCGAGAGCAGCACCAGCAGCACCAACGCACCGGGCGUAGCGACAAAGCAGGCGCCGGACGAGGUUACCGCGAGCUUUGCGAAGCCUCCUGUGGAAACCAAAAAUCCCCGUGGAUGGUUACUCAACUUUAUCAACCAGUUUGGCGUUUACAAUGGCUUCGAAAAUUUUCUCAAACGCAUGACGGUCGCAAUAGAACAACAUCAGCGAGUGAGUGCUAGUGAAGAGAAGACAGAGGGCGGGCGUGGUGGUGGUGGGGAAAAGUGUGAUGGAAAGAUUUCACUUCAGCUCCUGUACGCGUUGCUACGUCCAUUUGGGCUGUGCGCGGAGUAUCUUACGGUCGAUACAAUCGAGCGAUACCUCUUGCCUGGAUGUCGGUUCGUGUUGACAGUGCUGGAGAGUCUCUCCGAUGUUGAGCUAAAACGGGAGGUAGUGUUUGAAGGGAAAAACGAUUUUAUCACCGGUAUCGUAAAGUUUGCUCGUGCCUUGUUAACGCGUGUGCCCGGGCAGGAGAGUCUGUUAAAUGAGUUGGAAAUGGCCCGCCUGAAGAUCAUCCUGCGCGUACUGCAGAUAUCGAGUUUUAAUGGUAAAAUGAAUGCACUGAAUGAAAUCAACCGUGUGCUGAGCUACGUUUCGAUCUACCCGAACCGGGGUCUAAUUGCGGAAGAGGAAGGUGAUUUUCUGAGUGCAAACCGUAUGGCAAUGUGGAUACGGAACAAUCGCGUGUUAACAAUAGUGCUGAGGGACUCGCUGCACCAGUCGCAGUACGUGGAAAAGCUGGAGAAAAUUUUGCGAUUUUUGAUCAAGGAAAAGGCGCUAACGUUCGACGAUCUGGAUGCAGUGUGGAAUGCACAGGAGGGCAAACAUGAGGCGAUUGCCAAAAACGUACACGAUCUGCUCGCCAAACUUGCUUGGGAUUUCAGUGCCGAUCAGUUGGAUUAUCUUUUUCGGUGCUUUCAGACCAGCAUGCAGAAGUCGGCCAGUCGCAAGCAGCGCGAACGUUUGCUGGAACUGAACCGCCGACUGGCAGAGGACGACAAGAACGGAAUGAUGGCGCAGAAGGUGCUGAAUAUGUUUUGGAAUCUAGCCCAUAGCUCCGAUACGCCACUGGAAGUGCUCGAGCAGGCGCUUCAAUCACACGUCAAAAUCCUCGACUACAGCUGCUCUCAGGAACGAGAUGCACAGAAGAGUAUCUGGUUGGUGAAGUGCGUGGAGGAGCUGAAAGGGCGCGACGAGUGGGUGCUGCCGGCGUUGCGGCUGAUCCGGGACAUUUGCUCGCUGUACGAUACCACCCCAAACCAUACGCCUCGAAUACAGCAUACAAUGAAUCGGCAGAAAAUCAUUGAUCAACUACAAAACGAUCAUAAGCUAGUUAUUCUUGUGACGAACAGCUUGACAUGUUACAUGAAUCGUGUCCGGGCGCUGGUGGCGGCUGAUCCUUCGCUAAAACCGGCAAAGUUAAGACUCGAUAAUCGGUACCCGCACCCGCAGCAGAUUCAGGAGCGGUUAGACUUUUUGAAAUUCCUACUGAAGGAUGGCCACCUGUGGUUGUGUGCCGAUCAGGCGAAACAAAUUUGGAACUCGCUUGCAGUGAACGCCGCAUUUGAGAGCGAUCGGGAGGAAUGCUUUCGGUGGUUUAGCAAGCUGAUGGGCGAAAAUCCGGACCUGGAUCCGGGAAUCAAUCGGGAUUUCUUUGAAAACAAUCUGCUAAAGCUGGAUCCGAUUUUGCUGAGCGAAAAUGGAAUACGCUGUUUCGAGCGUUUCUUCCGCGCUGUGAAUACGAAAGAGGAACGAAUCGUGUCGGCAAAGCAUCAUCAUCGCAACGCGUAUGUACUGUACAACAAUGGCGAGGAUCUAAUCGGGAAGGAUUAUUUGUGGCGUGUGAUCACUGCUGGACAGGAACCGAUAGCGCACCGAGCGAUCAACAUUCUGAACGAGAUGAUGACAGUGGGCCCUAGACAGCUAUCUGAGAUGAAAGCUUAUCACGAGUCUUUCAUCGAAGAGUGCUGCGAAAAGCUACGGGCCAUGUUCCAGAGCAUGGAGAUGCUUUUGCGAGAAUUUCCUUCGCCCAAACCAGUGUCGAAGAAGGGCAAUGAAAAGGAGUCAUCGGUUGCACCGCCUGCUACGGGCGUGUCAAAAGAAUCCGGCUCGGAACGGACAGGUGAUGACGAUGGUGCGGGAGGAAUUAACGGGGAUGUCGAGCGGAAAAAGCUCCUUCUCGUUGAUCAAAUGUGUCGCAUGAUACGAACGCUCCAAGAAUACAUUCGCGAGUGCGAUCGAAAGUAUCCUGGUGAUAGAUUCGCGCUUCCGCUGUGUCACGCCGUCCGUGGAAGACAGGUUGAGCUGAUAGUUAAAUUUCAAACACCCGGUCGACAGCUUGACGACAUAGAGCUGCUCAGUCACAGCAAUGAGACGAUGCAUUCUUUUAAGCGUAAUCUCCUCAGGCGCAUUAAGGUGUUGAAAGCAAACGAGAUUCGCGUUGAUUUGUACGAUAAUGGAACGAAUGAGUUGAUAAUGGUGCCGGACGAUCAACAGACGCUAGCAUUUUAUGGCAUACGGGACAAGAUGUCGCUGAUAGCAAAGUUGACUCCUGUUUCGUCUGGUUUAAUGGCCGCCGGUUCACCGGACAGCUCGAGCGAGAGUAGCUCUGGCUCGCCGCCACGGAAUUAUGUCGACCCAAUCAAGCAAACUUACCAUCAUCAACAGCAACACGGCCAUCAUUUUCCUCAUCCGCAGCAGACGAUGAUGCAUCAUCAUCCAAGCUAUGCGCACAGUCAGCACCAAACCGUAGUACCAGCGCAGGUGUAUCAACAGAACCAUGCACGACAAUUUCUCCAGUCAGCCUCAGAAUCGGAGGAUACUUUGCCCGGUGUCGUGAUUGCGCAAAAACCUCAGUACACACAAUUCUUCCUGCAGGUUUAUCAGCUGGCUAAUGCAUUAGAACAUGAUCGCUUGCGCGAUGGAGUACGUUCGUUGUUGCACCUGCUGCCGCUCGAUCGAAUGACUGUAAAUAACCUCUAUGAAGUGUUCAACGCUGCUCAAGGGGCUAUUGAAGAUGCACGAAAGGUAGCCAUGGAAGCAUAUAUGGCAGCUCGUGAGUCCGGACGGGAGACAGACGCAACCGGCACUAGUGGCGCGGCACUCGAGAAACAAGCUGAAUUAAAGGCUGUGAUGGAAGCGGCAGAAACGGAAUCGUUGGAAACAUUCAAAUCGUUAUUUCUCACACCACCGCCAGUUCGAAUUUUGUACAACUUGGAAGUGCUGGAAGCAAUGUUGCUUCCCGCUAGCAUUAAUCCCAUGUCAACAUCCCUGCAUCCUAACAGCAUUAUCCCGGCAAGUAAUAGCAACGUGAAGGAUGUAGGUGGAAUGGGCAACGAUCUGACGAUUGGAGACAAUGUAACGUCAUUGGAGGCUGUGCUGGAGUUUCAAUACGCGUGGUUUAGUUGUGGAGCAGCUGAUUUCAUCGUAGGAUUGCUUUCAGAGGAAAAUUUUCUGGCUGGCUCGGAUAGACAUACCAAACGGGCAAGCUAUCGGUGUAUUAUGCGAUUGGUGAAAUUUUACUUCUUCACCGUUGGGUACCUGGUGCCGCCGCCCACUUUCUACGAUCAAAUGCGUCAGUAUGAGCAGUUUCAAGCACAGCUGCGACGGUACACGCCACUGCACAAUAUUCUACGCGGUGGGUUGCGAUGCGAGAACACGUUGAAUGGCUUCGCGAAGCGACUAGCAUCGUACAUUUUGCAGUUGGAAAUGCGUCCUGGUAUGGUUGAGGGCCAAGACCUGGUCGCUUCGCUGUACCGAGGUGAAUGGACUUUUCCAAAAGUACGUACGAUUAAAGCAAUCAUGGAGGUAGCGUUACGUGUGUCCAAAGAUUGGGAGCCUGUGUCGUGGGACUCUUUAAAGGAACGCGUGUUUGCCUCCCGCUACGCUGCCACCGAUAGUGUAGGAGCAACUGAUGCAAGCGCGAACGAUAUUGCUGAUGGCGAGUGUAAGGACCCAUCGUGUGACAAUACGACCGAAGAGGUGAGUGACACAAGCAAGCGCCGUUAUAGCACGAGCAGCAUAGGAAGUAACUGUAGUAGCGGAAGUGACAGCAGCUCCAGCAGCUGUUGCAACAGCAGUAGCAGUAAUUCCGCUGGAGUCGGUGCUUCCCUCCAGCAACACCAGCAGCAGCGAUCGCAUCAACAACAGCAUCACCACGGUGACCGUGAUCUACAGUUGGUUGGCAUAGUAGACCGUAGUCUGGACUAUGAGGUGCUUCACAUUGCUCUGGAAGUGAUGGGACUCUCGCUAGCGCUACAUUCGGACGCAGUGAAAGCGCUGAAUAAGGAGGAUGGGUUGUGGGAUAGUUUUCUGGGUUCAUUGCUGUUGGUAAAUCCGUCCGACAAAAUGCGAACGUUAGCGCGAGAACAGUUGCUAUCUAUGCUAACGGGUGAGGUAUCGGAAGAGCUGGUGCAAACAAUCGUGUGUGUACUGUACAAUAUCUGGCGGAAGGUGAAUCAUCGUACGGAAACGUGCGCCGACUAUCUGCAACUAUUUGCGCAGCUGCUGCAGUCCAAGGAACGAAAUGAAUCAACACCUAUCGAUACUGAGGAGCUGCUGCAGACGGAAAUUAAGUGGCUGUACUGGGUGCGUGACAAUGUGGCCGAACAUGGAAAAACGCUCGUGCAGGAAGAGAUCUUGGAAGGGCAUCUGUAUCUUACCAGAGCGCUCGUAUUUCAUAUGAAAUCAACUGAGAAACGUCGCUUAAAUACAUUAUUGGUGGAUCUGGCAAAAGAAUUUGUCUUCAAUGCGUCAUUCCAGUACAUAUAUUAUAGACACCGUCAGGAGAUCCAUUUUCAGCAGCCCCCACCGGUGUGUCGCACUUCAAGGACUAUUUCUGCUGCAAUGGAUUUAAUUGUAGCUCUCAGCCAUAAUUCAAUUGAACUCACCACAACAAUCACAUUGAUGCUGAAUGAUAUGUUCUUCGAAGACAUUGAACCUGUUCGCGAGUGGGAAUAUCUGCCACCUGAUGCUCCUCGUGCAUUUCAUGGGUUUUGUGGAUUAAAAAAUGCCGGAGCAACGUGCUACAUGAAUUCGGUUCUACAGCAACUGUACAUGGUCCCCGCCCUGAGAAAUGGUAUCGUCCGAUUCCACCAGGCUGUCAUUGAUCAUAAGGAAGAUUUCAAUGAGGAUCCAGACGGUCAAUCUUUGCUUGGCUUUCAAAAGGACGACGAUGGAGGAAAGAACUAUCACAUAGGGAUACUGAAGUAUGUGAUGGUAAUAUUUUGCUAUCUUGGUCAUAGCGCAUUGCAGUAUUACGUACCUCGGGGAUUGUGGAGACAUUUUAAGUUGCAAGGGGAACCAGUCAAUCUACGCGAACAGCAGGAUGCGGUAGAAUUUUUUAUGUCACUUUUUGAAAGCAUUGACGAAGGUCUGAAAGCCCUGAACUGCGAACAGCUAAUGUCGGCAACACUGGGCGGAUGUUUUAGCGAUCAGAAGAUAUGCCAAGACUGUCCGCACCGGUAUAGCAAGGACGAACCAUUUAGUGUACUUAGUGUUGAUAUUAGAAACCAUAGCUCGCUAACGGAUUCACUGGAGCAGUAUGUUCGUGGUGAAAUACUAGAAGGUGCCGAUGCGUACCACUGUGAUAAAUGUGAUGAAAAGGUCGUUACGGUGAAACGGCUAUGCGUUAGCAAACUGCCGCCCGUAUUAGCAAUACAGCUGAAGCGUUUCGAAUAUGAUUAUGAACGGGUGUGCGCAAUCAAAUAUAAUGAUUAUUUUGAAUUUCCUCGCGUGCUGGACAUGGAACCGUAUACAGUAUCUGGUCUGGCAAAAUUAGAAGGUGAGGUUAUCAACGUUGAGCCAAAGCAAGAGGAUCAAGGAUCUACGCGCUACCAACUGACCGGAAUAGUGGUUCACAGUGGCCAAGCAUCCGGUGGCCAUUAUUAUAGCUACAUUCUGCACAAGAAUUACGGCACCGGGCAAAAAAAGUGGUACAAGUUCGAUGACGGCGAGGUCACGGAAUGCAAGAUGGACGAUGACGAAGAGAUGAAAACGCAGUGCUUUGGUGGCGACUAUAUGGGCGAGGUGUAUGACAACAAUCUGAAGCGCAUGCAGUACCGCAGACAAAAACGAUGGUGGAAUGCAUACAUGCUGUUCUACACGCGCAAUGAUGUGUACUAUGCAAAACCACCCAAGAACGCGUUCUGGUGGCGACUGAGCAGUGGUCCACAAUCGUUACAAAAUAGAGCCCAAGCCAAGUCUAACAUCGAAAGCUUAUCGUUGGCGCAAAGCGAACACUACUAUUUCAACAUGGAACCAAACGUGGAACGUUGCAUACGAAUUCAAAAUAUUCGAUUUUUACACUCAAGAAUGCUGUUUUCAACUGAAUUUUUCACGUUCAUGAAAAAAUUGACAGAAUUUCCGAUUAAACCAAAGAAUAAGGUUCCAGUUUGGUUGCUUCUGAAAGGACUAGAGGAUGUUUGCUUACAUAAGGUCCAGUUAGCAGCGAAGUUUUUGUUCCACACAGGCUUCAAAACAAAGAAAACAAUUCGAGGGCAAGUGAUGGAUUGGUAUGAAAUUUUCCGUGUUCAGCUAGAAGGAUUCGUUUUCAUCCGGAGAUGGUUUGCCGAAAAUGUGCUGUUAGAUUCACCUGGCCGUUUGUGUGAAUAUUUGCUGGCGGCUCCUUUGCCAGAAAUUCGUUCCUGCUUUGCGAAGCUUAUUGUAUCGUUUUGUCAUUACUCGGCCGAGGAUGAACCGGUGGCAUGUUUUGAGGGCAGCAAUAUGUGUGAGCAAGUGUUAAUAGCGGUUCUAGGACUGUUAAAAUCGGAUGUCCCAGAGCAUGGCAAAAGUUUGCCGCACUAUUUCAGUUUGUUCUCGAUGUACGCUGGACUGGGGUACAGAGAAGAAUGCCAGUUGAUCAAGUUAAACGUGCCCGUGCUUUUCAUGAGAGUAGCGGUGGACGAUGGCACAGGGCAGACGAUCAAGUACCAGUAUCCGGAUCUGAGUAAACUGCACCAUGUCGUGUCGCAUUUGAUUCGAUCAAUGGAUGUAUCGGUGCGUUGUAGAAGUGCUAUUAGUGGAUCCGCCGUACUGCCAAAUAAGUACAUAAACGACCAUAUAACUCGGAAAAACGCAUUGAUUCCUAUGUCAGAAGAAUGCACGGAUUAUCUGUAUAAUCGAAAUGGGUACAUCAAACGCUUGCUAGAGGAUGUGCACGUUGGAGAGGAAGGGUUUAAGCUGCUGCAAUAUUGCUGCUGGGAAAAUCCACACUUUUCCGGUAUAAUUCUAAUGGAACUGCUUUUCCAGUGUGAUUAUGUGUACUGGCAUGACAUGAAACAUUAUACGGAUUUGUUGUUGCACAUUUUACUGAUCGAAGACUCUUGGCAGGGUCAUCGCAUAAUGAAUGCAUUGCUGGGGGUCGGUCAUGAUAGGGAUGGUUUACUGGAGAUUAUCAGACGCAGCAAGUUGAACUACCAGAAACGUGCCUAUCAAUGCAUCAAAUGUAUGGUUCAUUUGUUUUCGAAGAGUCCAGUGGCUUUGAACAAACUGCACACCGACGCUUCCCUUGCAAAGCAGUGGACGGCAGCAAUUGAGUGGUUGCAGGAAGAACUGGAAAAACAUCGCACCACUGGUAAUAGUCAGUAUAAUUACAAUUCUUGGUCCCCGCCUGCCCAAAGCAAUGAUAAUACAAACGGAUUUUUGCUGGAAAAAUCGCAAUCCGUUCGAGAUAUUCUGCAAAUGGCAUUUGAUCUUUGUCCGGAAGAGAUCCAAGAUGCUGAAACAAUGGAACAUCAGAUAAUCUGUCAAGAGGCUGGAGGAGCGAUUCGGGGAGUCGACGAGACUGGAACCGGACCGAUGCAGGGAAUUGUCAACGAACCCGAAAAGUCUCAACAAAUAUCCCCUAUUGUAUCCGUGAUGGGAAUAUCUGGCGGUACCCAUACAAAUCCAGCAUCUUCAGCUCCCGGCACCGGCGAAGUAUUGGGAUGCGGCGAUGGCCAUAACGGCCCAAAUACCGAUUCUAGUGCAGGGUGUGCUGAUCAUGGCAAAUCAAACAUUUCCCCAAGCGUGAAGCAACUAAUGAGGGUAAUAUCUAACAUUGAUAUUAACUCCGAUGGCCAAUCGGAACAGCAGGCGAAAGUAAUCAAAUCGGUGUCACCGGGAAGUAAUGCUGGCCAACAACAAACGGUACAUACGACGCCUGCCGCUGUGGUAUCUCCUGCGACGCAAACGACAACCCCAGCCACCACUACACCACAGACAACCUCGCCGAAUACUGUGCACAAAAAAGAUCGCACAGGCCGCCCCGGUGAUGGACAGUCCUGCACCAGUUAGCAAAAGGAGAAAUGACACAUCUGAAGCAUAUAAUACACAAUGCGUAGUGAAACGAACAUGGGUUGUACGGUGUGGGGAAAUGAUAGAAAGCCAUAAGCGCAGGAUGUGGUGGCUUCAUGAAUGGGGAGGGGGGGAAAAUACAGGUUUAAAUCCUGAUACGCUAAAGGAAAUCGACUUAUGUAGUUAGUAGUUCUCGUCAUUUUGUGCUUGAACUAGUUUAAAAGCAAGAAACUGGUGUUGGAGCGUCGCGUCUGAAGGAACCAUUUGUAUCUGUUAUUAAUAAUAAUAGUGCAGUCAGCUACACUACUGAAAGAAAAUAACACAAAACAGUAAUUGAAAUCAACAGUACUACUAAGCAUGAUGAAACACCGUACGGAAAUACAGAACGCCUCACACAAAUAAACAAAACAAAUAAACUCGUUAGCCUAAACGAUUGCUGAAAACAACAUUUUCCUCUAAUGCCAUUGAAUAGUAGAGAAGCGAUUCAAAUAGGAAGGAAAGGAAAUAAAACAUUAUCGAAUCCACAUAAGAUCGAUCGUCGAGAAGAGUUGGAAUGGAGAAGGCAGAAGGAAAAGUAGGAAGUAAGUUUGCUUACUGCCGUUACUAGUCAUAAUCAAUGGCAAAGAAGAGGAUAUGAGAAGUAGAGCACAUACACACUCAUUAAAAAAAGAAAGAGAAGAGAAAAAACUACUAAACGAUCUGUGAAAAGAAAAAAAAAGUUCUAAUUCAUACUCUACAGAAUCGCCCGACACGGAAACACAUAAUGCAUGCUACAAUAAAAUGUGAAGAAAUAUAAAUAUGUUUAAAUUAUUGGACUACAAAAUGAUAAA